AUGGUUGUGGACGACAAGACCCUCAAGGUUUUGUCCUCAUGCUGUAGCGUGUAUGACGUCCUCUACGACGGCGUAACAAUUGUAGAGCUGAUUUCGAAGCAGCGCCAGCCACUACCAGAGCUGAACGCGCUGUACUUUCUCUCACCCUCCGAAGAUUCAGUACGGGCGCUCAUAGAAGACUUCAAAGACGAGAAGAAGCCCCAGUACCGCUCAGCUUAUGUCUACUUCGCUUCCCCCAUUCGUCUGUCAAAAUCUGACUCCAGCAAGAUCAUGGCCACCUUAGCGGACUCUCCUACGUUGCUUCCGCGAAUUAGAUGCCUUUUCGAAUUCAACUUGAGUUUUAUUGCAUACGAGCAACGGGUUUUCCAUUUCGGGAUGCCGAAUGCAUUACUCGAGCUGUUCCCUCUUCCUUCGCCGUAUUUGCUCCAGAAAGUAGCGGACGACCUAAUCUCACUCUGCGUUACAAUUGGGCAAAAGCCUGCAAUCCGCUACCACAAAAACCAGCUACCUUGGUGCGAGCAGCUGGCGACACUUGUUCACAAAGGCCUGGAGGCUGAGGAACUGCCGUCUGACCAUCCAGGCACCACGCUCCUUAUCUUGGAUCGCUCGGUGGACCUGGCGCCUCUCUUUAUUCACGAAUACACUUACCAGGCCCUGGCGUAUGACGUUUUGGACCUUCCGGUUUGCUGCAAUGAGCCGCCUAAGAAGUCUUCCCGCGACACUCCAGUAGUCAUGGAGGACGUCUAUGAGUAUGAUGUGACGAACAAUAUGGGCCUUGUUGAAAGGAAGAAGGCUAUACUUGGCGAGCAAGACGAAGUGUGGGUUCGGUACCGUCACCAGCACGUUCAGGAAGUAAAUCAAAGUGUCCAGGAGGAAGUUCAGCUCUUUCUUAAGGAGAACAGCACUGCCAAGGUGCAGCAAAAUAUGGCAACGACAUCAGAGGACACCCUACGGGCGAUUCGCUCCCUUCCACAGUACCAGGAGGCGCUGUCGCGGUACUGGACCCACGUAACGCUCAGUGAGAAGUGCUUUGAUAGACUUCAAGAGCUGAAGAUCAUGACUGUUGGUGCCGUGGAACAGGACCUCUGCUGUGGCGUUGACAAAGAUGGAAAGGAGAUCAGCGCGUCGAAGCUGCAGGCAGCUGUUGGGUCACUGGUUUCUGAUGACACUAUCCGGCCUGAUGAAAAACUUCGACUGCUUUUACUCGAGUUUACGCAGAUCCUUGGUUUGGAUACUGCAGAUCGGGCAAAGAAAUCAAAGCCGGCCCACCGCUUUGAAGACGAUCGAGAGAAGAUUCGACACUUUAAGCAACGGGCGAAACGGGCGCGCUACGAUCUCUCCAGGUUUGAACCUGCAGUCCGCGAAAUCAUGGAAUAUCAUUCAGAACUAUUUGUUGUAGUCCGUUGCCUUCCUGGUGCUGCAGCUGCAGUCAUUGGGCGUUCGACGGAGUGGACAUGGGAAUCGUCUGCCCCUGAGGUUGUGCAAAAGAAUUCUUCGCCAGUUCUGGACAAGUCUAAAAAGGGCCUAAUAGUUUUUAUCUUGGGCGGCAUUGUACAGUCCGAAAUGAGAUGCGCGUAUGAAGUGUCAAAAGAACUGAACUGCGAGGUUUUCAUCGGCGGCACGAAUAUUCUCACACCGAGCCAAGUUCUGAAACAACUGAAGGAGCACGAGCCUGUGAAUUGA